AUGCCACUGCUUCAGCCUCUGCUUCAGGCUCUGCUUCAGCCUCUGCUUCUGCCUCUGAUCAGCUCUGCUUCAGCCUUGCUUCAGCCACUGCUUCACCUCUGCUUCAGCAUCUGUUCCGCAUGCUUCAGCCACUGCUUCAGCCUCUGCUUCAGCCUCUUGCUUCAGCCUCUGCUUCAGCCUUGUUCAGCCUCUGCUUCAGCUCUGCUUCAGCCUCUGCUUAAGCCUCUGCUUUCAGCCUCUGCCUUCAGCCUCUGCUUCAGCCACUGCUUCAGCCACUGCUUCAGCCACUGCUUCAGCCACUGCUUCCGGCCUCUGUUCAGCUAUGCUUCCGCCGCUGCUUCAGCCUCUGCUUCAGCCUCUGCUUACAGCCUGCUGCUUCAGCCUAUGCUUUCAGCCACUGCCCGUGUCAAUAUAAACGGGUAG